AUGUCAUUACAGCCAUUGGAUCAGGCGCUCACCACACCUUCUCAAGCUUCUGCUUGGUCCCACCACCCUCCAAAUCCAAAGGAGACUAAAACUUAUCCAACACCACCGAUUUUCCUUCAUUAUGCAGAACCUCCCAUGGGACCAGUAGUUGAACCUCCAGAUCUGUUUUUUCUCAAAAUUACAAAAUCUAAACCUGUGCAGGAGAACCCAACUCAGAUUACAAAAUCACCUGAAGACAUUGUAGCUCAAAGUCUAGAAUUUAAGAAGGAUGUUCUUCCAGAUUCAUUUGAGGGUCAAGCUGAGUCUGCAAUCCCACCCAGUAUGUCAUUACAGCCAUUGGAUCAGGCGCUCACCACACCUUCUCAAGCUUCUGCUUGGUCCCACCACCCUCCAAAUCCAAAGGAGACUAAAACUUAUCCAACACCACCGAUUUUCCUUCAUUAUGCAGAACCUCCCAUGGGACCAGUAGUUGAACCUCCAGAUCUAAUGGUAGUUGAACCUCCAGAUCUUUUUUUUCUGAAAACUACAACAUCUAUACCUGUGCAGGAGACCCAAACUCAGAUUACAAAGUCACCUAAAAAGGUUGUAGCUCAAACUAUAGAAUAUAAAGAUGGCUUGUCUUCAGGUCCAUUUGAGAGUCAAGAUGAUUCUCUAACUCCACCCAAUGUUUCAUUACAGCCAUUGGAUCAGGAAAUCACCAUAUCUUCUCCUCCUGGACGGGCUCAGCAACCUCCAAAUCUGAAAGAGAAUAAAGAACAUGAGCCAGAAGAGAUUUUCUCUCACCAUGCAGAACCUUCAGUGGGAAUGGUAGUUGAACGCCUGGAUCUGCCUUUUCUCAAAACCACAGAAUCUAAACCUGUGCAGGAGGCCCCAGCUCAGAUUACUGAAUCACCUAAAGAUGAUGUAGUUCAAACUCUAGAAUAUAAAGAGGUAGCAGUUUCAUCUGUAAUUGAGGGUCAUGCUAAAUAUCUAACACCCAGUAUUUCCUAUCAACCUUUAGACCUGGAACUUUUUGAAUUCUCUGGCCCCACUACUGAGGUUCAUCAUUCCACUACUUUCAAUGAGACUACAGUUCCUUCUUCAAUGCAUAUUCGUAUCACAAGUCCACAUUUGCACUCAAAAUUUUCUGUAACUCCACAACCUAAUACAAUAGUUAAGCAUUCUGUCCAAAUGAAGGAGACUCCAGCUCAGACUUCAGAGAUACCUAUGGAGACUGUAGCCCAAUCUGGAAAGCAUUAUUUACCAACAGUUUUAACUUCAGUUUAUGUUGAAAUUCAACAUUCAAAUUUAUCAGCUAUAGAGACUGCACAUUCUGGAGUCCCCACAACUAUAACUUCUUCUCCAGAGGCUUCACUUUGUGAAGUCCCAACAACUAUAGCUGCUUCUCCAGAGAUUGCACCUUCUAAAGCCCCAGAGGCUACAGCUCCUACUCUGAAGUGCCCUAGCAUAACAGCUCUACCUCUAGAUCAGGGUGAGAAACACCCAAGCCCAACUGAAGUCACAGUUCAAGUUUUGAAAGUGGAAUCUACCAUAACUCCGUAUUCUGAAAAUUCUAAUACAGAAAAUGAUUUAACAAUAGAAAAAGAUGCCUACAAUUACACCAACAUAUGUGACUUCUGCUUGUGUGAAAAUGAGACACUGUUGUGUGUUCAUCCCAGCCCAAAAUGGAGACUCCACCAAGUGCCUGUGCCAAGGCCCAACACCUACAAUGACACUUUUGCUAUCUUAAAUUUUAAAGGAAAUGAUAUUUCUUACAUUGACAAAAAUGUAUGGAAGGUAUACCGCUGGACUGAGAAACUAAUUCUAAGUGAAAAUCACCUGACUGAAUUACAUAAGGAUUCAUUCGAAGGCCUGCUAUCGCUCCAGGUUUUGGAUUUAUCCUGCAAUAAAAUACGCUAUAUUGAAAGAAGGACAUUUGAGUCAUUACCUUUUUUGAAGUAUAUAAACCUUGGGUGCAAUUUACUCACUGAACUGAGCUUUGGAACAUUUCAAGCAUGGCACGGAAUGCAGUUUUUACAGCAGUUAAUUCUCAGCCGUAAUCCUCUUGCAGUUGUUGAAGAUCCCUACUUUUUUAAGUUGCCAGCAUUAAAAUAUCUGGACCUGGGGACAACACAGGUGCAACUGACAACGGUUGAGAACAUCCUCAUAAAGACUCUGGAGCUGAAAUAUCUGAUCUUACCUAGCCACAUGGCCUGCUGCCUCUGCAAAUUUAAAGCUGACAUUGAGGUUAUCUGCAAGACAAUCAAACUGCAUUGUCAAACAGGAUGUCUGACAAACACCACACAUUGUCUUGAGGAAGCAUCUAUAAGGAACCCAGGAGGAGUAUUCAUGAAAGUGUUGCAGGCCCGGAAGGGGAACAGCAGCACUGAGCUCACUAUUGAACCAGAAAGGGGCAAUUCAGACGAAGAUUAUGCCAACUAUUCCAGUUCCAUGGAUGAAAAGACAGACUUUGAUGAUGAAAAUGAUGUUAUGAGCGCGCUAAAUUACAUACUGCCAUAUUUCUCAGAGGGAAAUAUGGAAGACAUAAUGUCUUCAAUGUUACCAUACAUUAAACUGCUGUUUUCUCAUGCACAAGAUACAGGUAAUUCCUUGGGAUCUUUGCAGAAGGACACAGUAACUGUUUCUGCUACAAAUGAAUCUAAGUCCAAUAAUGUCACUUACAAAAAUAAAUUGAAUAAACUUCAUUUUUUAGAAAAUUUGUUAGACAAAAAAAUUGAUGAGGUUCAAAAGGAAGAGAAACCUGGGAGGCAUAAGGCAAAAUCUAAAAAUAUAAGUCCCAAAUUUAAACGACGAAUAUUUGAAAAGAGAUGGGAACCCGCCCAGGCAGAGGAAGACUCUUUCUCCCCAGAACUGUCCCUGGUGGACAAGGCUCCCACUACAAAAUCGCUACCUGAGUUCAUAGACAGACGAAAAGACUUGUCUUACACCAUUUAUGUUUUAGAAAGUGCAAAUGCCAAUGUGAAGAGAACGAAGGGUUCUAACCCAAGUUUACAAAGUGAAGAAAGAUAUCGAAACCUUAGAAAGAAAAAAUCUCAGUUUCAGUUGAUUGCAAAGUGGCCAGCAGCAUCCUCUGCAGUGAGGAGCCUGAUAAAUUCCCCUGCACGAGGGAUCUUUUCAUCUUUAGGAGAUCUGAGUUACUCAGAAAGGCCCUUUCCAGAAUUAUAUGCAGCUCCAGAGUCCACUAUAGAAAAGCCUCUUGAAGAAAUUCAGGCUGCAACAGAUAAUAUUGGAGAAAAUAUUCUUGAACCAAUCCUCACUAUGCCUGAAGAAACUACAUCAAAAAAUAAGCCUGAGAUUCCUACUGCAGAUUCUGAUAUCCCUAUACCCAGUGUACCAGGCUUAAUUCCAACAGUUGAGCAAACCAAUGAGCCACAGGUACACUUAGUUUUCGGGUCUGACUCACCUAACUUCAACGAAGUUGUUUACCCAUCACUGAUGACGCCAGAAGAACAGUUUGAAUCUCAUCUAAACCAGCAUCUGGGGCCCCUCAUCCCCAACAGCAAUGUGAGAAGGCUCAUCUCUCACGUCAUCAGGACGUUGAAGAUGGACUGCUCUGACAGUCAAGUGCAACUGUCUUGUGCCAAGCUCAUCUCCAGAACAGGCCUCCUGAUGAAGCUUCUCAGUGAGCAGCAAGAUUUCAAGCUGUCCAGGACUGACUGGGAUACAGACCAGUGGAAAACUGAGGACUACAUCAAGGAGAGCACAGAAGCCAAAGGCGAACAGAAGAGUCUGAAACUAAGUCAGCUUUCAAAUGAAGUCUCAGGGUUCGGCUACAAUAACAAAGUCAUCUUGGCGAUAUCUGUGACCAUUGUAGUAAUAGUUUUGAUUAUCAUUUUGGGUCUCAUCGAGGUUUAUUCCCACAGAACAAAAAAGGGAGAUGAAGAAAAUUCCACGUGGUAA